GUUUCUCAGGGCGGCGGCGACGGCGACUGGGACGCGGCUCGCGCUGGCACCAUGAACCCGCUGUAGCGCGCAGGCUUCGCGGCGCGGGGGGCGGGGGGAGGAGGAGGAGGAGGACGGCGCGGUGAAGUUCUCCGCCAUGAACCUGAGGGGCCUCUUCCAGGACUUCAACCCGAGUAAAUUCCUCAUCUAUGCCUGUCUGCUGCUAUUCUCCGUGUUGCUGGCCCUUCGUCUGGAUGGCAUCAUUCAGUGGAGUUACUGGGCUGUCUUUGCUCCAAUAUGGCUGUGGAAGUUAAUGGUCAUUGUUGGAGCCUCGGUUGGAACUGGAGUCUGGGCACGAAAUCCCCAAUAUCGAGCAGAAGGGGAAACGUGUGUGGAGUUCAAGGCGAUGCUGAUCGCGGUGGGCAUCCACUUGCUCCUGCUGAUGUUUGAGGUGCUGGUCUGUGACAGGAUCGAGAGGGGCAGCCACUUCUGGCUCCUGGUCUUCAUGCCGCUCUUCUUCGUUUCCCCGGUGUCUGUGGCGGCUUGUGUUUGGGGUUUUCGACAUGACAGGUCACUGGAGUUAGAAAUCCUGUGUUCUGUCAACAUUCUCCAGUUCAUAUUCAUUGCCUUAAGACUGGACAAGAUCAUCCACUGGCCGUGGCUUGUCGUGUGUGUCCCCCUGUGGAUUCUCAUGUCUUUUCUGUGCCUGGUGGUCCUCUACUACAUCGUGUGGUCCGUCCUGUUCCUGCGCUCCAUGGAUGUGAUCGCGGAGCAGCGGAGGACACACAUCACCAUGGCGCUGAGCUGGAUGACCAUCGUCGUGCCGCUCCUUACUUUUGAGAUCCUGCUGGUUCACAAGCUAGACGGCCACAACGCGUUCUCUUGUGUCCCCAUAUUUGUCCCGCUCUGGCUUUCCUUGAUCACCCUGAUGGCAACCACAUUCGGGCAGAAAGGCGGAAACCACUGGUGGUUCGGGAUUCGCAAGGAUUUCUGUCAGUUUCUGCUUGAAAUCUGCCCAUUUUUGAGAGAAUAUGGAAACAUUUCCUACGACCUCCACCAUGAAGGUAAUGAGGAAACCGAAGAAACGCCAGUUCCAGAACCUCCUAAGAUCGCUCCUAUGUUUCGAAAGAAGACCAGGGUGGUUAUCACCCAGAGCCCUGGAAAAACUGGAGCUGGAGCUGGGUCUCCGGGGACGUCCAUCUCACGCCUCGUUUGCACUCAAUGCCUACCAGUGACUCACCACGACAGGACGCGCAGAAAGCCAUAAAGCACGACUGGAAACUGGAACACUGGAGAAGGGUGCCGAGACUAGAAAUGGCCAGCAGAGUGUGCGCGUUGAGGUCCGGGGCUUUUUGUCUGCCCCCAAGCUGGGCCCAUGCUUUUAGCUAGGAGGACCACGGCUCCAGGAGCUGAGGGUACAGCCGCGAGUCAGAGGGAAGAAAGCAGAUGCGAUGGGAACAAGCAGGCCGUGAGUAAAAGAAGGUAAAAGGAGCCCUGGCAUUGUCACCUGGGAGCAGGGUAGAGGGGGAGAGGGGGCAGCUGCUACCUUGUCUAAACCGGGCUCCGCUGACAUCCACCGCGCCCACCACUCCGCCCUGGCGCCAGCCUGUAGGAAGCCUGUGCUGUCUGAAGGGGGACACUUGGAAUGGUGCCACCUUUCCGGCUUGGUGUAUAGCAAAUGUAGCCCAAUCCACUCUUCUUUCCGCCUUUAGCUGUUCAAUAAACCGGUUCAUCAUUUUCCAUGUGCACUGUGC